AUGAGUGAACCAAAAUUUGAUUUGAAUAAAGAACUAGAAACAAUAAUACGUGAAAGAAUAUUUCCAAAAGAUCAUGAAAGUUUAUGGAAAGACAUACGGACAGAAAUACCGACAUUGAUCCAUACAAUUAUAACAGAAUUCUAUGAAAAGCCAAUCACAACAACAAUAAAAGAUCCUUUAGAUUCAAACCAUACAGAAUCAUUAGAAUCAUUUUCAAACCGCUUAACUGAACAUUUAACCAAAGUAUUCCCAGAUAAUCCACCAUUUACAAUUGUAAGGUUAUCAGAGAUUCUAUAUUCUCCUAGAAAGCAUUAUCAUACGGCUGAGAAGUUCUUGAGGGCAUUAGAGAAUGUGAUACAGGUUUCAUCAUCAAUUGCUGAAUUCCCAGAAACUACAUUUGAAGUCAAUGGUCACAACAGCUUGAAAAAUCAUGAAUUUGGUGAAAAUACACUACCUAUAUCGAUAGGAAAUGAUGAGACUGAUACCAUCUUCUUAACAAAGAUACCAUGGUUAACUGAAGAUGAUAUCAAGGAGAUUGAAAGUGAACAUUAUUUAAUCGAAGAGUAUCCAAUAAAUGAUGCACCUUUGAAUGAGGAAUAUGAUCAUGAUGAACAACCACUGGAUGGAGAGCAAAAGAAAAGAACGCUGGAAGAAUCCAAAGAAUCGCCAGAGAAGAAACACAAGCCAAGUGAGGAUUCAGUUGAGGAAGAGGUUCAUGCUGGGAAGGAAACUGAAAAGGAUAAAAAUGAGGAAGAAGAAAGAGCUGAAGCUAAACAACAAAAGGAUGAAGAUGAAAGAGAUACAGAGAAAAAGGAGGAUGAGUCUGACAGUCCGAAGGAUAAAAAAGAUUUAGAGGAACCUACUAAAGCAGAACCUGAUGUGAGCCUAAUUGAAGCCGAUGAGACAUUAGAUGAAGACAAGAUGGAUAUAAACACAACAUUAGAGGAGGAUAAGAUGGAUCUUGACUAAGUAACUAC